AGAUGCAAAUAGCUGUUCUGUUUGUCGUGAUGAAUGUUCUGUUGCUGUCACAUUCAUUAGCACAAGGUGCAAGUCAAGGACGCUACAAAAGAAGCCCUGACAAGUACGACGACCAUUAUAGCAAGUUCUUAGCCAAGCAUUUUUCUGACGUUGGUGCAAAACACAUUGAUGGCCAGGAUGAAUACAAAAAUGCCUCUAAUGACAAUGAUAGCUAUGAAGAAGAAGGAGGCGAUGAAGAGGAAGAAUCUGACGACCCAAAAAGUGAUGCUGAAGAUCAUGGAAGUUAUAGCUACAGCAAUAAUGAAGACUAUCAAAGAAUCAAGGCAUUGUCGGAAGCUCAAGUAGCCAAACUUGAAGAAAAGCCAGGCAAUUGCAAGCAUUUUGAGAAAGACGGUAUGAUCUGCUCGGAAUGUAAAGAUCCAGAGACUGGAGACACUUCUGAGUCAUGCAACUACGCAUCGGAACCAGAAGACAAGAAAAUGGCAUACACAAGUAAGAAAAGUCACAAUUACAAAUCACCAGAAGAAGUUGAGGAACCAGCCGAUCAUGAAGAAGAAAGUGAGGAUCAAGAAGAAGCUCCCGUCACUCCAUCAUCAAAGGUUCCACGUCCUGCAAAGCAAUACAAGAGUGAAAUGGAAGAUGCUGGUGAUUAUGGAGCAUAUAAGCUUGCUGGAUAUAACAGUGAUGUUGAUGAUUAUGAUGAACAUGAAAAAUUCGCGCAUCUCAAAGUUGAGCCAAAAAAUGAAGCUGGCAAGAAGGACUUUGAGAUUUUACCAAAUUCUCAAUUCAAGACCAAAAACUUGAAUGAAGCAUUAACUGACUUUAACACAAAAGAUUGGUCAAAAUGCUCGAAAGUUAAGAAAGGUGAGAUGACUUGCUAUUACUGUAAAGAUGCCAAAGGUGCUACACAAGAAGAAUGCAUGUUCAUUUCAUCCUCAAAUCCAAAGAAUCUCAAAGUUGAACGAAAAGAAUCAAGUCACUACAACCACAACUCUAGAAAGCCAAACGCAACUCCAGAUGCUGUAGAAAUCAUCAAAUCCUUACCACUUAAAGUUGGACCUAUUGUUCCUGACAACCGUGAAAGAUUCGCACGACUAAGAAUGGGACGUCCAUUAGUGCCAACAAAAGCUAAUCUAGCCAGAGCAGAGCCACUUGUGACACCAAAAAUUAACACCAAUAUCAAUCCAGUUGACUACAUCCAUUUCGAUCCAACAUUUAAGAAGACAAUUAAGCGAAAGGCUUCAUACAGACAGAGAAAGAACUUUGAUUUCGACUUUCUAGAGCCAUCAGAGUCAAGAGCCAGCAAGUUUGAGUCUCAUGUCAGACAUCAAUAA